GGCAAGAUGGCGGCGUCCAUGAGGAUGUACCGGGCUGUGGGAGAGUUGGGACUAGCUUCAAUCCUCAACCCAGCCCGAAUGGCAGCGCCUGUUUUGGUGAUGCCCACGAGGACCAAAAAGAGAUACUUCAUACCACCAGCUGUGGGAGCCAAGCAUAAAACAAUGGCUGACAUGAUAAGCAAAGCACGAGCAGCUGGAGUGGUCACCCCUCAUGAAACCAUGGAACGACCCAUUAAUAUCGCUUGCACUGCUGGGAUAUUUGACCCCUACAUUCCUCCUGAGGGAGAUGCACGUCUAUCCUCACUUUCCAAGGAAGGUCUGAAGCAGAGAACACAGCAGUUGAAACAGACAGCGGCUUCUCAGCUGGCAAUCCGGAAGGUCAAGGAAUACGACAGUGAAUUCACUACCAAGACAUUUCCAGAGAAGGCUCAAGAAUUAUUCAUCGCGGCACACCAGUGCCUAACAAAAUUUGACCGUCACGAAUUGCACACCUUGGUGACUGAGCGUUGCUAUCCGGAAAUGGUUCGCGGCAAUAGGUAUCGCACUAUUCAAUGGAGUUUUGUGGAGUCCAUAGAGGCUCCUCGAGUGGUUCAGGUCCGUUGCCCUGAGAUGGUCAGCAAAGGGAACCUCUAUGCACAAGUAACAGUGCGUAUGCACAACAAACAGAGUCUGACUAUCUAUGACCGGUUUGGGAGGGUAAUGUGUGGAAGCGAGGAACCACGAGAUGUUUUGGAGUAUGUGGUUUUUGAACGUCACAUGGUGAAUCCGUAUGGAACAUGGAGAAUGCACGGCAAAAUCGUUCCUUCUUGGGCUCCACCCAAAGAGCCAAUUGUAAAGACUGUACUGUUACCAGGACCAGCGGUGGAUCCGUUGCAGGAGCUGGAAGAUAUCAGCUUAGAAAAGACAGAACCUGUUCUCCAGCAGUGGUACAAAUAGUACUGUCUCUCUGCCCUGCAGAUCCAAGGGUACUCACAACCAGAAUUCUCAGAAGAAAUCACUAAAGGAGUAAAACUAAUCUGCAGAAAAAAAGGACAAUAUUGGACUACUAUUGAAUCUACUUUUAUUCUCCUCCAUUCAGUUGCAGGUUUAUUGUUUGUAUUCAGUUCACUAACUCCUAACAAUGUUAUCUAAUUAUUGCUGAGUGAAUCUGACAGGUAUGGGAUGGUGUUGUCAGCAGAGGGCUAACAAGGUCAGAGAAGGCUUGGAAGCCUUCAGUAAAAAGAUCUGCAUCCUUUGAUAUGUGUUUAUAGAUCAACAGUAGUUGGAAAACUUGGGAACAGAAAAUAGAUAUAAUAUUUAAUGUAAUGUUAUAAAAAGAUAAAAGUGCCCUGGUAAAGUAACUCGUAGGGGUCCUUUGUUUGAAAUAGCUAACCAGUGAGUGCUGUCUACCGACAGGUUCUUUACGGGCCCUGGUUAACAGUGUCGGACUGUGGUGCCUGAGCCCACCAGCGCUGUCACCUCAGGGUUCCCUCACCCCAGUCACAGACCUUCCCCCCCAAGGGGGCCCUGCUUUGCUGCACUUGAUUAGCUGGGCCCCCCCUGCUGUCAGUGAGCUGCAGGGGGCAGGAGCUUGAGUUUCUGCAUCUUAUUUCUACUACAAAGCUUUCUGGAUGCUUAUUAGUCACUCUGGUUCAAGACCCUGUAGGGCCACACAGGUUUUGGAUGGGUGGAGUUUGAACUUCCCCUCCAGCCCAUCCAAUCCCCAUGCAGCUUUACCAACACUUAGAAGAACAAUAUGCAGGCACCCGAUCUCCCGUCCUCCCUUCCGAAUUCUGCAGCUCACUGACAGCAGGGGGGCAGGACCAGGCCCCGAUAACACCAAAAAACCCACUGAUAGUGGGACAGGGUCAGCAGGGCCCACCGUUUUUUUCCUGGUGUCCCGCUGGCCCAGUCCCACACAUCUGGGCAAACACCGCUCCAUUAAUCACAUCUGUACCACUGUUUGUUUUCCAUUAAAUAAUGUUUUCCAUUAAAUAAUAAUUUUGUGGCAA